AUGCGCCCGUCCACACUGCUAGUGGCGGCAACCUGCCUACUACCCACCGCCUACUCGCUGCCCUCCUCCCUCUUCUCCCUCCCAACGAUCGAUGCACAACGAGCUGCUGGGCCGCCAGGCAACGGCUCCGAUCCUGGCGAGGCACUCUACACCAACGCAGUGACGUACUGCGCCGAGGCCAAGGCCGUCCUCGUCGACCAGUUCGCCAUUGCCUACUGGCGGGCCAACAACUCGGUGACAUUCGCAUUCAGCUUUGCGUCAAUCCAGUCCAACCUCAAUGUCUCCGCGUCACUCUACUUGAACGCCUACGGCAUGGCAAUCUUCGACCAGGAAAUCAACCUCUGCGAGCUCGUGUCGGGUGUGCUCUGCCCUCUCCCCCAGGUCAACUUCACAGGCUUUGGCACCUAUCCGCUGCCUGAUGGUAUCCAGUCGCAGAUCCCAGCGCUGGCAUGGACAGUACCCAACCUCGAGGCCUACGCUCGGGUCGAGCUGAUCGACGUCGCUACCAACGAGACGGCUGCGUGUCUCCAGGCCACCCUGUCGAACGGGUGGAGCACACAGUACAAGGGCGUCAAGUGGGGCACGGGCAUGUUUACGCUCGCGUACGGCCUCGUGGGUCUCGCACACGCCGCCGUCGUCAACUCAAUCUCACCCGCCAUUUACCGCUGGUUUGACCUGCUCACGUUGUUCCAGACGGCUGCAGCUGCGGGUCUCAUGCAUCUCAACUACCCCCUCGUCUUUUCCAACUUUGUGCAGAACUUCCACUGGUCGCUCGGUCUGUUCUACAACCAGCCGAUGCAGUCGAUGAUCACAACCAUGCGCAACAACACGGGUGGAAAGAUGCCCGGCGACGCAUACUCGGAGGUGCAGUAUAUCAACCGCCGCCAAUCGCCGUACAACGUGCAGUUUGCGGUCAAUGGUGGGGUCGACCUCACAAACGUCCUUGCCGACGCGACUGGCAUGCCCAGCUUCAUCUCGACUCUCAAGACCGACCAUCCCUACGUUUCUGACACGCUCGCAGAUACGCUGGUCAAGCGGGAGAAGAUUCCUUCCACCAUCGACCAGGAGUUCAUGUCCAACACGACAACCGGUAUCCCCGUGUUCACCAACUCGAUGGGCGUGACGCAAGCGAACGCGUACACGACGGUCUUCUUCUUCUUCCUCGCGUUCCUCGCCAUCUUCAUCGCGUUCCAUGUCGUCUUCGGGGCGAUCACCUGGAUCUUCUCCCGCGGCCGCAAGAUCGGGUGGGCGACACGCCUCCGCGACACAUGGUGGGACUUCUGCGCGGCCAACGGUCUGCGCUCCUGCCUCGUCUUCUUCUUCCCAAUCUUUAUCUUCGGUUUCUACCAGUGGCAGAUUGGGCGCCGUGACUCGGGUCUGACGAUCUUCCUCGCCGUUCUCGGCGUGCUCCUCGUCUUUGCACCUCUCCUCACGGUCUUCGUCCUGUCCAUCUUACACGCUCGCAGGAUCCGUACCGAGGCCAAUAUCUCUCCCCUAUAUACCGACUACCACUUCUACCACGCGGUGGGUGACGCCACCUACCGCCAGUUCCGCCAGAAGUACCACUUCUGGUGGUUCGCCCCGGUGCUCCUCGGCAUGAUCAUCAAGGCCGGCUUCAUUGGCUUCGGGCAGGCCAAUGCGUGGGCGCAGGUCAUCGGCUGUAUCGCCGUCGAGGGCCUGACGCUCAUCGCACAGCUCCUUUUCCGGCCUCACAAGGACAGGAAGGGCGACUGGCUAGGCGCCUUCCUCACCCUCAUGCGCAUGAUCUACUUUGGCCUCCUCAUCGCCUUCAUCGAGGGUAUGCACGUCAAGCCCAUCCCCCGUACCGCGAUUGGCAUCGUGCAGAUCGCGGUUGUGGGCAUCCCCACCGUGCUCCUACUGUUCGGGCUAUUCUUCAACGCGUUCUACGGCCUCCUUUGGCGUCGCAAGAAGGCGCGUGUUGAGGACGGCACCGCUCUCCAGCUCAACUCGCCAAUCAAAGAUAAGACGCAGAGCGAGGAAGACAGCACGAUGCAGUCGCUCAGCCCAGCGGCAUACGGGCCCGGCAGGAACGAGGGGUAUGGCGGCGCAGGCAUGUACCCUGCAACGUCGGAGCAUGCGCAGAACGCAUAUGACAGCGCUGCGGCAGGUCGCGGCGGCCUCCAAAACCCGUACGAUCCUCCCGGCAGAGUCUCCGAAGAUUACACACCAUACCACGAUAGCUACCACCAGAACUACCCAGCUGGCGCGUCAGGCGACCACAACAACAACAACAACUGGCGCCAAUCAUACACACACACACGUUAA